GGGCGCAGCGGGGCUCACGCGGUCACAAAAGAACGAGUCAUGGCUGAAGCGGACGUUCCAAACGAGGCCGUGCUGGUGGAGCGUGUUUUUCUUCGCUUUGUGACGGCCGAGAGUGACGAGCAGUUUGAGUCUGUGCUUUCCAAGUUUCUGCUUCCUGUCUUGGGCAAACUGAGCAGCCCCCAUGAGAGCAUUCGCAAGAAGGUGAUGGAGCUGCUGGUGCAUGUGAACAAGCGACUCAAAUCGCGGCCACAGGUGCAGCUGCCGGUGGAGGCCCUGCUUACUCAUUAUGCAGCCUCUGCUGGCGGCCAGCAGCAGUCUUCAUUUUUUGUCAACUUCGCUCUCGUGUACCUGCGCAUGGGAUUUCCCCGUUUGCCCUCAUGCCAGCAAGUGGAACUGCUGCCCCGACUCAUGGAGUGCCUGACUCUCAACAAGCAGCACCAAGAUGAGAUACUGAAUCUGGCCCUGGGUGCCAUCCCGCACGUGGUUGCUGCCCACCAAGCAGUGGGCGGCAAGGGGCCGGCCCUUCCCGUUCCCUUAGGACAGAGCGAGGCCUGGGCCCUGCUGCGCGACCGACUGCUGGAUUUGCUGUUGCUUCCCUAUGGCAGCCCGGUGGACGGGGGGAAGAGUGCGCCCCCCGGGCUCAGCAUGACUGCUGUCUCCUGCCUGCAGGGGUGCAGCCCCGAAGAGCUGGAGCAGCGCAAAAUGGCCGUCGUACAGCUCCUGGCUGAUGGGGGACUCUACCCCGAGCACUCUGUCGUCCUCCACCUCCUGGUGGCUGCUGCCGAUACGCGACACAGUGUUGCUGGCGCAGCUGAACUCAAGAUGAAGACACUGGCAACUGCCCUUGACUGGAACGAUGAAACCUUUGUCAACGGCCUCUAUAAUCUUUACCUUGGAAGUUGUGUUCCAGUGGCCUCGUCAACCGUUAGUGAGCAGAGCCGCACGCCAGCCGACACCCGACUCCGUCUCAAAAUCUUGCCGUGCCUGACCAAGUCAAGCCGAGCUGCAUCUAUGCUGCCCCUUGCACUGAUGGUCACUUUCGACACGCUUAACAGCCCGGGCAAUGCCAAGCUGAAGGGCAUGGCACUGGAAUUCAUCCAAGCUGUGUGCAACAACAACCCUGAAGACAAGCUGAGCAUGGUGGGAGGCCAGCUGAUGGCAACUCUGCUGCAGUUAGCAUUGCCUUCCCAGGAUAUGGACAUGCGUCUCCGAGUGCUGGCCUGUUCUGCCCUUGGCCACUUAAGCCGCAAGUUGCCCCGCUUGGUGGCCAAUGACCUGAGCCUGGUUCAGACGCUGUUCAAUGGGCUGGCCAAGGAGGAAAGCAGCGAGGGUCGCCUGGCCCUGCAGGAGGCUCUGGUGGCCGUGGGUCCAGCGUACGCCGCCUGGGCCGACAACGACACUCGGCAGAUGCUGCUGGCCCUGGUGUCGACGCAUGGGUCCGCUUCAAGCGCCAAUUGCCGACAUGCGGCCCUGCGCUAUGCGGCCACUGUUUACGCAGCCGACUAUGCACCAGCUCGUUACCUGCUGCUCAUGGCUGCCGGUGACAGCCAAGAGGAGAUCCGGCGGGAGGCACUCAAGGCACUGUACCCUGCAGCCGAAGCCAGCACGCAGUUCCCACCGUUUACCGACAUGUUGCAGCUCGUCCUUAGCAAGGCAGGGGCCACAGCAUCAGCUGGCCUUCCCCACGUUUCAAGCCUUCCCUGGAGCCAAUUGCAGUAUUCACAGGUGCUGCGAUACCUGCGUCGGUGCCUGCAUGCAAGUGCUGGAGUGACUGGGGCGCCCGACGAGCGGUCACUUCGGGAUUCCACGGGGGCACCUCGCGUCUGCCGCUACCUGCACUCGCUGGCCGCUCAAGGGGACAAGAAGCCGGAGCUGUACGCGCAGCUUCUGGUGCGAUUCCUGCCCCUGGCUACGGAUGAAGGCCCCCUGGUUUCCCUGGUAGAGCUGGUUGCAUCGGCUGCGCCUGACCAGUCCUUCAGCCUUCUGGAAGCAGGGACAGGGGUCCUCAAGGGGCUGCUAUUGUCCGGCAGGGAAGCAGUGCGCGAGUGUGCUGCUCAACUGGUGGGCCUGCUGAUGGCCUCGCACCCUCCAGACACCUUUCGUGGAGACCUGCAGGCACUCUGCACAGACAUCCGAAGAAAAACAGAGGGUGGUUCGUUGGAGGGGAGGCAGUCGUCCCUCCUGGUGCUCGCGCAUGCCCUCUGCCGCCGCCACCAAGCAGGCCUGGGCCUCGAGGGAGUCGCCGAGGCCAUCACCCUACUAGCUGACACCUUUUUGCAAGCCCAGCAGAGCUGCUCUUGGCCACUGGUGCUGCCCUCAUGUGUGGCCCUGGGACAGCUUGGCGCAGCCCUGGCACUGCCAUUGCCCCCUGGCCAAGUGGAAGGUGGGCCACCAGCGACGCAAGGAGCACUGGUGUACGCACUGACCUCCCUGCUACACAAUGCGAAGGCACCUUCCAAGUGCCGGGAAGAGGCGGCUCGCACCCUGGGCCUGCUCUGCCUGGGACAGCCGGACUUCCCACACGUGCACCAGGUGCUCACUGGGCUGCUCAAGUGUGGCCUGGUCGAGAGUGCUGACGUGGAAGUACAUUUCACUGUGGGUGAGUCCUUGUGCUGUGCUGUGCUGGGCAAGACAUCGCCACUCUGCAGAGACCCUUGGACCACUGAAGAGGCAGAGUACAAGCCACCUGUCGGAGCAACAGCCAACCUGUGCGAGAUGGAGUGGCUAAUGUCACAGCUGCUAGACAAUUACCUGUGCCACCCGCGACCUGGUGCCCGCCAGGCGGCGUGCGUGUGGACCCUAAGCCUCUUGAAGCGCUGCAGUCAGCAAAGUCCCGUGCUAUUGCAACUCGAGCACGCCCAAGCGGCCCUGCUCAACUUGCUGGCCGACCGCAGCGAACUGACCCAAAGCUUGGCCUCCAAGUGCCUGAGCUUGCUGUACGAGCUGAGUGACCAGGCCAACCGUGAGCAGCUGGUGGCUCAGCUGCUGGACACGCUCACAUCUGGGCGCAAGUCCACUGUGGAAAUCACGGAGGACACCCGGCUCUUUGACGAAGGCACACUGGGGAGCACACCUACAGGAGGCAGCCUGACCACGUAUCGUGAGCUGUGUUCUGUGGCGACUGACCUGAACCAGCCAGACCUGAUGUACAAGUUCAUGCACCUGGCCAACCACCAUGCUCUUUGGAACUCCAAAAAGGGGGCAGCGUUUGGGUUUGGCAGCAUUGCCGAUAAAGCUGGCGAGCAGCUCAAGGAGCACCUGGGUGCCAUUGUGCCCAAGCUCUACCGUUACCGGUACGACCCAAACCCAAGUGUAAGGGCUUCAUUUGGCUCCAUCUGGGCUGCCCUUGUCAAGGAACCAGUGCGCACGGUUGAUCUGUACUUCAAGGAAAUCAUGGUGGAUGUCAUGCAGCACUUGACCAGCAAUGAGUGGCGUGUGCGGGAAUCCAGCUGCCUGGCCUUGUCUGAUCUGUUGAGUGGCCGCAACCUGGACAACGUGCUCGACCAUGUGCCUGAUCUCUGGGAGAGCCUGUUUCGUGUGCAGGACGACAUCAAGGAAUCUGUCCGUAAAGCAAGCGAGUCUUCCCUGAGAGCAUUGACUAAAGCUUGUGUGCGGACCUGUGAUGCUCAGGCAAAAGGCCGAGAGCAUGCUCUGGGAGUGAUAAUUCCCAGCGUUGCCAAGGGCCUGUCCAGCAGCGUGGCUGAAGCGCGGCAUACCAGCUUAGACACCCUGGUGCAGCUGAGCCGCAGUGCCGGGCCCGCCCUGAGGCCCCACUUGGCGCUGCUGUUUGGUGCCCUGCUCGAUGCCCUCAGUGAACUCGAGUCCCCGGUGCUGAACCAGCUGAGCGUGCGCGCCGAUGCUGAUGAACGGGACCGGCUGGAUGCAGCAAGAGUUGCCGCAUCUCGAACCUCGCCAGCCAUGGAAACCAUCAACUACUGUGUGCAGUUUGUGGAUGCUUCGGUGCUGCCGGAGCUGGUGCCCCGCCUGGUGGAGCAGAGCAAGUCUGCAGUCGGGUUGGGCACCAAGGCAGGGUGCUGCCACCUGGCCACCACCCUGGCCCAUCAGUGCCCCCUGGACCUGGAGCCAUUCACUGGCAAGCUGCUUCGAGCUUUCGUUCGUGGCCUGAGUGACCGAAAUGCCACCGUGCGGCGCUGCUGUGCCACCGCAGUGGGCCACUUGAGCAAGGUGGCCAAGGAGAGCGAUGUUGACCGGCUGUUCACCAAACUACAGAUGUGGUACAUGGAGGGGGAUGACGAAGUGGUGCAGUGGGCGUGUGCGUACACUAUGCAGGCUGUGGCGCGACACGCUCCCGAUCGACUCCGAGCACACGCAGCCAGUGCCCUGCCACUUGCCUUUUUUGCCAAGCACUCCACACCCCCAGAGGGCAAGACACGUGACGAGUCUCCAUCUGCAGUUUGGGAAGAGGUCUGGGUGGAAUUCACUACAGGGGAUGAGUCUGGUGUGCGCCUCUACCUGAAUGAGGUGCUGUCCUUGGUCAACCAGGCUCUGGCCAGUGCUGUGUGGUCGUUGCGACGUCAAGGGGCAGCUGCCUCCUGCUCGGUGGCGCGCACUCUUGGAGCUGCACUCGAGUGGCGCCUGGCUGAAACCCUUAUCCAGUCGCUGCUAGCUGCACUGCCAGGACGCACCUGGCAGGGCAAGGAGGCCCUCCUGAAAGCCUUGUCCAUUGUAUGCAGUAAUUGCAUUGCAGGACCUCAAGUGGAUGGCGGCCGCCCAUCGGCACAGCAGGCUCUGCUCAAUGAGGUCUCGGAGGCCUUCCUGCGAGAAUGUCGACGUGACAACCGUACAUACCGAGAGCAGGCAGUCUGCUACCUGGCUCAGCUGCUGCAAGCCCAGCGGCUGGAUCGGUUUGGGCCCCUGUUGGAUGUUCUCGAGGGUCCACUGCUCAAGUAUGCAGCCAGCCGAAGUGGGGAAGCUGCCGAGGACGACCAGGAGGCCUUUGACCUGGAGUUGCAGCUGCAGUUCCAGGAGGUGGCCUUCAAUGCCUUGGGUCAGGCUUGGCCACAACAGGCGCCCGACACCCAGGAGAAGUAUCGUGGCCGGCUGUGUGAUCUGCUGCUGAGCAACUUUUCGGGAGGCACAUGGAAGGUGCAGCUAGCCAUCAUCAAGGCACUGCACACAUUUGUGCUCAGGCUCUCAUGGCCAGUGCAGGCAUCUGAAGAGGUGGUGUCCAUGGUCAAUGGUAUUGUGCAAGUGGCGUGCGAGGCUUUGGAAAUGACAAAGUACUCCAGCCUUUGUCUUGAGGCCCUCAAGCUGCUCAAAACCUUUGUGGAGCGCAUACAAGACACUCAGACAUCCUGGAUCGUUGAGCCAUCUUUCAAGAAACUGCGGCACAUGAUAUCGACCGUAGCUACCCGAGACAACAUGGAGCUCAAGAACCUGGCCCAGGAAGUAGCCGACAUCUUGGCUACAUUUACGUGAUACACAUGAAAUAAAUAUUGUGCACCAUAC